ACGCACUAGCCAGUAUGCGGCGUACGCCUCACGAAAAACUUAUAACGGUGAAAAGAAAGUUCUCGGAAAUCAUGGUUGGUUUAAAGGUAAACGUAGCGCGUCACAGUGUCGAGGGUGCUGCAAGACAGCAGUGAAUUCGUGCGUGCGUUUAUGUGUGGUACGUCAUUUAUAGAAAAGGCGCACGCCCGGUAUUCCUUCGAGAGGAGACUCCGGAGGAUCAGAGUAUCGCAAUCAGCGUCAGUGGCACGUUGCACGCACGAGGAAUCGAACCGGAAGGAACGAGAUUUCUUAAUCCAAUCGAAUUUCUCUGUUCAGCCCGCGAUCUACUAAAUUUUUUUUAAAUUCUAAAAACGUGAAUUUACGUUCCCAAUUAAUUUUUUCAAAAAAUCCGAACCACGCAAAUUUAAAUACUAAAAUUGCAAUAAAUACAAUAUAUCGUAAAUAAUUAACGUGACAAAUUUUCUAUUGCAUUGUAUCGGAAAGAGUUUCGCGAAAAUAGUGUAUUGAUUUAAAAACCGUACGGUGACCAUCCCAGGGGAGAAACCAUGGCUGACAAAAAUGGUUCUAAAAGAACCGGGGGUAUUAUAUUUCCUACACGAUACCUGAUGGCGAUCAUGGGUUCCAUCGGACUAGCUAUCAUUUACGGGUUCAAGGUAAACGUAAGUGUAGCGAUCGUAGCUAUGGUGAACCACACUGCUGUAAAACUAUCUACGUUGCAUAACUUGGAAACCGGGAAUACAACUGCAAUUACCACGGAAGAGUGUCGUCUCGAUGGUGGUGAUUCUUCUGAUGUAGUAAAAACCGUUGAUGAGGACGGUCCGUUUGUAUGGAACGAACCAUUGCAAGGUCUCAUUCUAUCGUCAUAUUUUUGGGGUUAUAUGGCGUCUUUGCUCCCGGGUGGAAGAAUGGCUGAAUUACUAUCCGCGAAAUGGGUGAUGAAUGGAUCCGUGCUUCUGAACGUCGUUGCAUCUAUUCUGUCACCUGUUGCCGCCGAAAUUCACUACUCUCUUUUCAUUGUGAUGAGAGUCAUUCAGGGAAUCGGUGGAGGUGUAACUUUUCCCGCUAUGCAUGUUAUGAUCGCCAAGUGGGCUCCACCUAACGAAAGAAGCGUUCUGGCCUCGAUCGUCUACGCAGGAACUGCUCUUGGUACUGUGAUUUCUAUACUCCUAACGGGUAUAUUAGCCGCGAAUCUCGAAUGGGUAUGGAUAUUCUAUAUAGAAGGUGCUCUUUGCUUAAUUUGGUGCGCUGUAUGGUGGAUAAUAAUCGAGGACAGCCCGGAAGAACAAACGAAAUUUAUCAGUCAAGAGGAAAAAGACUACAUCAUGCAGUCUUUGGGGCACAGCAAAAACGAUACGGAACAUAAAGAGAGAUUACCGGUCCCGUGGAGAGAAGUGUUAAGGUCCAAGCCGUUCAUGGCAAUUUUAAUUGCACACUUCUGUAGCAAUUUUGGUUGGUACAUGUUGCUCAUCGAAUUGCCUACUUUCAUGAAUCAGAUUUUGAAAUUCGACAUGAGCUCGAAUGCUGGCCUCUCUUCCAUGCCAUUCUUGUGUAUGUGGAUUUUCACUAUGGUUCUCAGUAAGGUAUUAGCCGUUAUGCAGGACAAACAAUGCAUCACGGUAACAACGUCGAGAAAAAUUGGGACACUGUUUUCAUCUGUAGUCCCCAUGAUCUGCUUAAUAGGAGUAUCUUAUGUCGGUUGUAAUCGAACGUUAGCUGUUGCAUUAAUGACUAUCGGAGUAACUUGUAUCGGUGGAAUGUACAGUGGAUUCCUAUCGAAUCAUAUCGAUAUCGCUCCAAAUUUCGCCGGCACCUUGGUUGCUAUUACAAAUUGUAUCGCUACUAUUCCCGGAUUUGUAGUACCGAUAUUUGUGGGGAAAUUGACACACGGAAAUCAAACUAUAGGAGCCUGGAGGAUUAUAUUUUUUGUAACCGUUGGGCUGUACGUAGUUGAAUCGUUAGUUUAUACCAUUUUUGGUAGCGGUGAAGAGCAACCCUGGAACAAAACUAAACCAAAUGAUGAGGAAGCGAGCGAUCAAACAUUACCUUUGAAAGACAAUGCUAGGAAGUAAAUUUAAUUUAUGUAUAAACAAUAUGAAUUAACGUUUAUUAAUUUCCUAAACAUAUAAUAGUAUCACAGUAUUAUCAUAAGUACACGUUCAUUCGAUUUCAUAUCAUGUUUAAUUAAAAAAUGCUAUUUCAUUAAAUACUUCUUUUAUAAAAAAUGGAAAAUUGGUUUAACAAUUUCCCAAAAAA